AUGGAGCUGACUUUCUUGGUUAGUUGCGAUGGAACAAAUGCCAAGAGGGGACAUGCACGGCGUGCGUGUAACUCUUGUCGUCACAAAAAGAAACGGUGUUACCACAACACCUCCGAGGAACAAUUAGCUGAUGCUGCUUCUUCGCCCAACGUCUCUGAUCUCACAAGUAGCCAAAGUCCUGCAUCUCAGGUUUCAAGACGGCAUCCAGCUGUCCGAAAUAGAUCUGCAUCUCCACGAGGUGAGCGACCAAGUGGCUCCUCACUCCAGAAUCCGGUGGAACGGGGUGUAGAAUCUUUCAUCCCCCUUGAUGCGGGUACAGCUGCGGAAGUUGAUAAAGAAUCUCGUCGUUUUGCGUGCGACUCAAACCCUAUAGCGACCCUCAUAGAACAGAAUGAGUCAAGGUUGCAGGAGGGCCGAUCGGAGAAAGGGGAUGUUGGUGCAUGGUUGAGCUCCAGGGAGAGCUCCAUUGAUCAGGGUGACACCCCUGGCUCCUCUUCACAGACAGCGCUAGAGACCCAUGUUCACCCCAACUGGCUGCCCUCUAAAAACUGCCAAGAGGCCUUGGUAGAUAUAUAUUUUCGUCGGAUGCAUCCACUACUGCCUCUUCUUGAUGAAGACAACAUUCGAGCCCAGCACAGAGCGGGUACUCUCCCUCUCCGGCUUUUGCAGGUGAUUUGUCUUGUUGCAGCUAAGGACCAGGGUGCGGUGCCUUUCCUAUGCCUUGGCCCCAAUUCGAACCCCCUGCCACUAGAGAGAUUCAGCAGCAUCCUCUACACUGAUGCUAUGCAAAACAACUGGGCUGAGAAGAAAACACUUGCAAUACAAAUCUUGGCGCUUCUGUCGCUGCAUGAAUGGGGCUCCAGUGGAUCCGAGGACGGCUCUUUGAAUCUGGCUCAGGCUAUUCACCACGCCCAGACCAUUGGGUUGCAUUUGCUGAGGCCAGACCAACACUCUGAUACAGCUUCCAAGAGUCUUUUCUGGUGUCUGUGGAGCCUAGAUCGAUGGAACGCUGCUAUGAACGGGAGACCCCUAAUGAUACAUGAUGGAGAUAGGAGCCAGGGGGUUGACGACGUUGUUUCAACGUUUCAAUCGCCUUUCCGUGUCUGGCUUCGAAUUGCCGACAAGCUGGGAGAAGUGAUUCACUUCUACCGACCGAUCAUGAAGGGCAUGGAUCAGAGUGAACUCGACCUUCCCACCUUUGAAGAUAUUGUGGACCACUGUGAGGCCUGGGACAUGUCCCCAGACCUGCUUGAGUCCCUCGAGCUUGUAUACCAUUCUGUGAUUAUUCUCUUGACACAUUCCCACGGGUUGCAAGGCCGAUCGCAGCCACGAGCAUCGAAAAUCCGACAAAGUCAUUCAAUACUUACCAUCGCGUCACUCAGUUGCAAUCAUGAUAUUCGGAACUUUCUGCCGUUUCCCAUGAUUGGUUACACCAUCUCGCUCGUCUUCUCCGUCACGUAUAAGCAGCUGAGAGAAAGCAAACUGCCAAGUGCGCGCCACACAGCCAUUUCCCAACUUCGCCUGUUCCAUCAGUGUCUCAAGGAAAUGCGUACCACAUGGUGGUCGGCUGCUGUGAUGGCUCGUCUAGGCCAGCGUGUGUUGAACAACCUCCAACCCACCAUAUACCUAGAACGUUCCACAGGUCCAGAAAUCAAUAUCACCCGACUAAACUCUCAGCAUGAAUCGAGCCAUGUAUCUUCACGGCCGCUUGUUUCCACUGAUAAUAUGCAGUCGCACUCGGCUAUCGACAUUCCGCAUGUGGCGAGACGGAUUAAUGCAGGGUCUCAGAGCACACACCCUCUGCCUGAUCAUCGACUUGGAUCGGACAGACCUUCAAAUUUCGAAAUAGACAACACGCCAUUUUUAACAGCCACUGAAAUCGAGGACUUUGAUACAUUUUUCGGCAAUUUUCUUGAUGUCGGUUUUCCAAACUGCGCGAAUGAUCAAUUAUUGCUAGAUCUCGACAUGUCCGACUUCGAAUUUGUUCCUCACAGUCUAGCUUGA